AUGGCUAAAUAUGAGAAAGAAAUUCCAGAGUUCCGAAGAAUACCAGAAAAUGAAAAAAGUCAAAUCAUUAAAAGAUUCAAACGCAAAAAUCCAAAGUUCCCUCCUACUUCUUGUGAUUGGGCUAUUAAACGAAUGAUGUGUGGAAUAAUUAAUAAUAAACGCAAUACUGAAAAACGAAAAAAAGGAGUUCGUUUGUCUUUUGAUGACAAGAAAAGAAGGAUGGAAUUUUUGUCUAGUCUUAGACAAAAUGCUAUUGAGCGGGAUCAACCCUUAGAAGUUGUUGAAACCUCAAGUUCAGCAAAUAAUACGAAGAAUGCUCGUUUGACUUCUUCAUUUUGUGUUCUGUUAACUGUCCUUCGAUGUCAAAAUACCAAUCACGAAAUCCAAGAUAAAGAUCCAAAUGAUGCUAUUGAAUCAGCGGGCAAAUCUAACAAGAUGUCUCAAAAUUCUGGCUGCCAACUACGUGACCAUACUUCCAGAACACCUGCACGAACUGAAGAAAGUAACAAAACUACAAAAACUAGAUGCAUGGAAGAUGAUACUGAGCCUACUAAAGAACGAUCUUUAAAAAUGUCUAGUAAGGCAAAAACUAAUAGUAUGAUAUAA